AUGCGGUCCCAAUCAUGGUCGCCAACACCUUUUGGCCAUGAGAUGCGACAGUAUUUUUCCUUCGCGCCAGGAUAUAGGAACAUGAACCAUGGCUCUUUCGGAGCAUCGCCUCGUGCCAUCCGCGAUAAAGCAGAUGAAUUGAGAGACGAAUGCGAGGCAAAUCCAUGUCCUUUCAUCAAAUACCGAUUUCCACAACUCCUCGACGAGUCCCGGGCUGCUAUAGGCAAAUUUCUGUCUGUUCCUGAGUCCACAAUCGUCCUCGUUCCCAAUGCCACAACGGGCGUUAACACAGUACUGAACAAUAUCACAUGGAACGAAGAUGGCAAAGACGAAAUUCUUCAAUUGGAUGUGAUAUACGGCGCAUGUGCAAAAAUGGCCAGUUAUAUCUGUGAAUCCCAUCAGGAUAAGGUUCACACCCGCGAAGUUGGCUUCACAUACCCUCUUGAGCCCUCCGAAAUGGUUGCAAUUUUUCAAAAGGCGAUUUCAGCCUCCAGAGCUGAGGGGUAUCGCCCCCGGGUUGCAAUUUUUGAUACCAUUUCAUCCAAUCCCGGACUUCGACUUCCAUUCGAGGCGUUGGCAGCUACUUGUCGCUCGGAGGGCAUACUGAGUUUGGUUGAUGCUGCACAUGGAAUUGGUCAGAUCGACCUCCACAUUUCAUCUUGGGAUCCUGACUUUCUGGUCACCAAUUGUCAUAAGUGGCUGUUUACUCCACGCACAUGUGCUGUUUUCUAUGUCCCCGAGCGAAACCAGGGCAUCAUGCGGAGCACAUUGCCUACGAGCCACGGCUUUGUUCCACGGCCCAUUGCUAAUGGGUCAAGCAAUGAGCCCGGUUUUCCAGAAAAAUCAUACUUUGUCUCCAACUUUGAAUUCACGGGUACUGCUGAAAAUGCUGCGUUCUUGGUGGUUGGUGAAGCCAUUAAAUGGCGUCAGAAAGUAUGUGGCGGAGAAAGCCAAAUACGAGACUAUUGCAUCGGCCUGGCUCGAAGAGGUGGACAGAGGGUGGCGGAUAUCCUAGGGACCAAAAUCCUGGAUAACACUAGUCACAGCUUCACUGACUGCUGUAUGGUCAAUAUUCUGCUUCCUCUGCAGCAACCCACAACUGGUAGUGGGUCCCUGGUUAAAGGCAAGGCUGGUGUUGAGACUAUCACAGAGUGGAUGCAACAGGCUAUGAUCAAGAAUUGGAAGACAUUUAUGCCUGUCUUUCCUUUCAAGGGAAACUGGUGGGUCCGGCUUAGCGGGCAGAUAUAUCUUGAAGAAAAUGAUUUUGAAUGGGCUGGUUGGACGCUGAAGACACUCUGCGAGGAGAUUCAAAAAGAGAAAUUUGUAUAG